AACUGCAUAUCCACAUCAUUGAAUCCCAAAAACUCAAUGCAAUAUGGCGGUCGUUGAGUUGGCAGUUCCAGUUUUUGGACUUGAAAUUAAUUGCCUUUCGGUAUAACUGUUAUGUUAAGGGGAUCCUGAACAAAUGCUGUCCCACUAUAGCCCACUGAUUUUGUUUGUAAGCGAAAAUUCGACUAAUAUAUUCGACUGCUGGGAUGGUUUGAAUGGCUCACUGACGUGUCUGGCAUACAGGUUUUGGGGGUGGUUUUUCAAUACGCGAAGAGAGUGUUUUAGACACACCUUGCUUUGAUUUAACCUUUUUUUGGAAAGCUAUAAUUUGGUUAUGGCUUCUUGGCUCGGUGGUCUUGGAUCUGGUUUAGGUCAGUCACUUGGACAAGUUGGAGGAAGGGUAGGAGGCAGCUUGUCCUCACUCACUGGGCAAAUAUCCAGUUUUACCAAAGAUAUACUGUUGGAGGGUACCGAGGAAGUAAAAGAUGCUGCUACAGAGCUGCAUGUAUCUAAUUCAAGGGUCAAAGAACUUGAAAUCGCCUAUACUGCAUUGAAAUCAGAGUAUGAGAGACAGAAGAAAUUUUAUGCAGAUCUUGAGGAGAAACAUGAAGCUUCAGAGCUACAGAUAAAGCAGCAGUCAUCCGAGUACAGAAAUCAGCUUGCACAAAAAGAGGUUGAAAUCAGCCAUUUAAAAGCUCGUCAGAAUGCUCUUCAGGAACAGUUGCAAAAGCUACAGACAGCAGCCCCGUCAUCACAAGCAGGGGUGGGAGUUGCGCCUACGACCUCAGACUCUGCCCCUUACAUUACAUCAGUUACUGCUUCUGGGUUUCAUGGAAGUGAUGUGGAUUUUGGAGAUGUCCUGUGGUCACAACAAGAAAUCAACAAGCUUUCAAAUCAUGUUUUUAGGCUUGAAGAAGAGGUCGCACACUGGAAACAAAUUGCAGAGAAGUCAACAAAGAGUGAAGGAACUGCUAACGCUGACCAGAGUGAAAUGUGCAAGCUACAAAAGACCAUCAAGGAUUUGAAGGAGAAGCUAAGCCAAGAGAGAGAUGAACAUCAGCAUGAGCUCUCAGUUCUUCAGGAUGCACAUCGACAUAAGUUAGCAGAACUCACACGGCGACACCGGGAAGAGCUGACGGAAUACGAAGAGAGGAUUGAGGAACUGGAAGAACUGCAGUCAGGUGAAGCUGGUGUUCCAGAAUCUAAUCACACCAAAGUCAUGGAGCUGCAGAGAACCAUUCAGAGCUUAGAAGGUGAGGCAACAAUUUCCAAACAGGAAGCACAAGAACUGGAACAGCAGCUGCAAAAUCUUGGUGAAAAAGUGCACAGACUGGAGGAGGAGAAUGCCAGACUUUAUCAUGAGGCUGAGUGUGCGAAGUCAGAAAAGGCCCAGAUAACACAGGACUACAACCAGCUGCAGAUGGACUUUGACCUUGUAAAGAACAUUCUUGCUGAACAGCAGUCACUUGUCAAAGAGCUGCAUGAAAAUGUUAACCAGAAAAUGUCAGCAGAAGAGGAGAAUACACUGCUUCAGCUUCAAAAAGCACUUUCUGAUGCAGAGGCGGAAAUAGCACGUCUGAACAGAUUCAGCAAACUUGAACAUGAAACCAAGAUGGUGGAAUCAGAAGAGACAAAGAAUUUGAAAGCAGCCUUUGAGAAUAUGAAAGAAGAAAAUGAACAAUUGCAUAAAGAAAAGGAUGAACUGCAGAUGUUGCUUCAAAAAUUGAACGUGGAAGAGAAAGAAAUGGCUGCUCAAAACAUCAUGAAUGACUCGGUCUCAUUAGAACUGAAUGAUUUGAAACAAAAACUGAAUGAAAAAGACAGUGAAUUAAAUCAGCUUGUGAUGGAAAAAAACACAUUAUUGACGGAGCUUGAAGAACUUGACAGACAAAACCAGGAGGUUACACAGCACUUCAUUGCAGUGAAGGAUCAGCUAGUACAGCAGUGUCAUGAUUCAGAAACCGUCACUGGUCAACUCAGAGUCGAACUGGAUGGUGCUAAAAAACAGGUUGCUAAAACUGAAGCUGAAAAGAAGAGUCUACUUCAAGAGGUAGAAGGGCAGAAAGAAAAAUUAAGUCAGAGUGCAUUUACACUCAACGACCUACAUAUGAGCCACCAGCAACUCUUGAGUGAAGUGAAAGACCUGACAGAGCAGCAGAAAAUCUUAGAGAAACAGAACGCUGACAUGAAAAAAGAAACAUCGGAACUUCGGACGCAUCUGAAAAAGGCAGAGGAACAGCUUUCUGCAGCUGUGGGAAAAGUAACCGAGUCAGAGAAGGCUCCGAUGUGUAAUCAUGAUAAUUUGAUUCAGGAAAAAGAGACAGAAAUUUUAGAACUCAAGAAAGAAAUUUCUGAGAAUAAAUAUUUAAAAACUGCAUUUACUGAUGCCAAAAUUGAAAACAAAAAGUUGAACUCUGCACUUCAGGAUGUUCAACAACAGCUUCAGGAGUCUUUGUCUGGGAAGGGUAAACUUGCACAUGAAAAAGAUACCAUUAUAAAGGCUUUAAGGCUAGAGAAGAGUCAGAUUGAGAAUGAAUUAAACCAAGCUGAGAAAAAGAUAGUUGAGCAGUCCCAGAAAUAUGAAGAAACUAUUGAGGAAUUGACAAGAACCCGUAACAUGGAUACCACAGCUUUGCAUGCAGAGCAUGAACGUCUUAUUAAAGCCAAUCAGGAGAAGGAUUUUGAAAUUGCAGACCUGAAACAAAACAUUAAACAGUUGGAAACUGACCAUGAGGAAACCAAGGAAAUGCUGACAACUAGUUUGGAAGGGCAGAAACAACUGACUGAUAUUAUAAAUGAAAAAGAAAAAUUUCUGGACAAAUUAAAAGGAACAAAUUCUGAAUUGCAGAAAGAACUUGCAAGCUAUGUAAAGAUGGCAAAAGAGUUUGUGACACUUAAAAAGGCUCUGGAUGAAAAAGAUAAGUGCCUAGGAGUUAUGAAAGAAGAAAACAGCCAUCUGAAAGAAGAAAUUGAUCAUCUAAAAGAUCAACAGAGUAAACCACAGCCUGUGUCUGAACCUAAAACAUUGGAUAUUAUAACUGAACUUGAGGCUGAAAAAGCACAGUUGAAUGUUGCAAAGAAUGCAUUGGAAAAUGAAAUAAACACAUAUAAGAAGACAGUUGAAGACCAAAAGAAGACUAUAGGGGAACUUCGGCAGUCUAUAAAUGACCAGAAGAAAGAAACUGAUGAGGCAAAGGUCCAGCAUGAACAGAUGGUUCUGAACUAUGAAAAAUUGCUUUCUGAGAAAGCAGAUGAAAUUAAUUGUCUCCAGGAAAUGGUUGAUCAGGUGAAAAGUCAGUUACAGAAAAAUACUGAUGUUAUUGACACAGGUUCCUCAGAUGUCUUCCAGGAGACCAAAACCCAAACGGUCAGUGGUGAAAAUGGUAAUGAGAAGCACGACCUGUCCAAGGUAGAGAUUGAAAGGCUACUAAAAGGUAUAAGAGAAAAAGAAUUGGAGAUCAAACUCUUGAAUGAGAAAAAUGUUUCCUUAAGUAAACAAAUCGAUCAGUUAUCUAGCGAUGAAGUUGGGAAGCUCACACAAAUAAUUCAGCAAAAGGAAAUGGAGAUACAAAGCUUGUAUGCCAGAGUAACAUCUGGCUCCUAUCUGCAGGAUGUUGCUUAUUUGCAGCAACAGCUACAAGCUUAUGGUGUAGAAAGGGAUCAGCUUCUAGCUGUCUUAAAUGAAAAGACAAGGGAAAAUAGCCAUUUGAAAACAGAGUACCACAGAAUUUUAGAUACUGUAGCAAUAAAAGAAGCAGCAGUAUUGAAACUGCGGGAGGAGAAUGAAAAGCUGUCAAGCAGGCAUGAAAUUGGAAGUCAGGAGAUGGUUAGAGAGACCAUUCAAAACCUCUCUCGGAUCAUUCGUGAGAAAGACAUAGAAAUAGAUGCCUUAAGUCAGAAAUGCCAAACUUUACUUACUGUCCUUCAGACGUCUAGCACUGGCCCGGGUUGUGAGUCUGGAGGUGUAAGCAGCAAUCAGUUUGAAGAACUGCUUAGGGAAAGAGAUGACCUUAAACAGCAAGUAAAAAAAAUGGAGGAAUGGAAACAGCAGGUGAUCACCACAAUUCAGAACAUGCAGCACGAAUCUGCUCAACUUCAGGAAGAGAUACAGAAGCUUCAAGGACAAGUCUUUGCUGAUAGUGAUUCUAGUUCAAAAUUACAGAUGGACUAUGCUACCUUAAUAAAUGGUUAUGAAAAGAAAGAAAAAAUGUUAAAAAAUUUGAGUCAGGAGCUGGUCCACAUUCAGAGUAGUAUUGGGCAGUUGCACAGUACCAAAGAUGUUUUACUGGGCAGACUUGACUUGGUGAAAGCAGAGCCUGGCACUGAGUUGGGUUCUGUAGUACCAUUAACAGAAACUCUUACUUCUCAUGUGCCUUCUGAAGCAGAGGUCGAUAGGAUUAAAGCAUUGCAAAAGGAAUUGGAAACGUUAAAACGUGUCUUACAGUCUAAGGAAUCUACAAUAAGAACUCUUCAAGAAAACAAUAGUAGAUUGUCGGACACUGUAGCUGCAAAUGCUGAGUCCAGUAGAAAGAAUAAUGAGGAGGGUACUUCAGAAAUAACGCAGACGAGGGAAAAGUGCGAUGCUCUCCAGAUAUCAUUACGAGAAAAGGAUUUGCUAAUUAAGUCCAAGAAUGACCAGUUCAUUUCAGUUAACCAUGAUUUGAAAAACAAAAUACAAGAAAACGAAGUUCUGAAACAGGCUGUUACAAAUUUGAAGGAGCGAAAUGUGGUUCUUGAAAUGGAAAUAAGUAAACUGAAAGAAGAAAAUGAUAAAAUAGCUGGACACUCCAGAGAAAAAGAGUCCGAGUUCAGAGCUCUGCAGGAGACCAACAUGCAGUUUUCAAUGAUGCUGAGGGAAAAAGAAUUUGAAUCUAGCUCAAUGAAGGAAAAAGCUUCUGCUUUGGAACAGUUAUUGAAAGAUAAGGAGCAGGGUAAGACAGGAGAACUGAAUCAGCUUCUGAACGAGGUGAAGUCCAUGCAAGAGAAAGCUGUCAUGUUCCAGCAGGAGAGAGACCACAUGAUGCUAGCGCUGAAGCAGAAACAGAUGGAGGCCAGUGCAUUGCAGAAUGAGACCCAGCAUUUACGUGAAAAAGAGCAACGCUUAAAGCAAGAGCUUGACCGCUUGCGCAGUCAUCUUAUUGAGAUGGAAGACUCUUAUACAAGGGAAGCUUUGGCAGCUGAGGACCGAGAGACGGAGUUAAGAAAGAAGGUCACCCAGCUGGAUGAGAAGCUUAUGUCUUCAUCCACGGCAGUAGAAAAUGCCAGUCACCAGGCUAGUCUGCAGGUAGAAUCCUUGCAGGAACAGCUCCGAGUUAUUGCCAGACAAAGAGAUGAUGCGGUCCUCCAGUUGAAUACCUCACAAGAGCAAGUGAAGCAGUAUGCAUUGUCACUGGCCAAUCUGCAGAUGGUGUUGGAGCAAUUCCAGCAAGAAGAGAAAGCCAUGUAUACAUCUGAAUUAGAAAAAUACAAGAAAGAUGCAAGAGAGUGGAAGAGAAAAUCAGAAGUAUUGGAGGACAAAGUGGCAGCAAUGCAGGCAAACUUAGAUGAAGCAAAUGCUGCCCUGGAAUCAGCCUCUAGGCUAACAGAACAGUUGGACAUUAAAGAAGAACUGAUAGAAGAUCUUAAAAAUGAAGUUCAUCUCAGACAAGAAAUGCUGGAUGAUGCUCAGAAUAAACUCAUGAAUCUUUUGAACAGCACUGAAGGGAAAGUGGACAAGGUGCUGAUGAGAAAUCUGUUUGUGGGUUAUUUCCAUACCCCAAAGAACAAGCGUCAUGAAGCACUAAGAUUAAUGGGGAGCAUUUUGGGACUUUCAAGGGAUGAAGUUGAUCAGCUGUUGAGUGAAGAAAAGCAAGGUGUCACACGAUGGGUUUCCAGCUGGCUUGGUGGAAGAAGUGGUGGAACAAAAAGCGUCCCUAACACACCCUCAAGAGCACAGCAUGAAACAGUUUUCAACAGUUCUUUCUCUGCAUUAUUUGUGAAGUUCCUAGAAACAGAGUCACGUCCAACUCUUCCCCCUCCUAAAAUGACCAUGCAGGACAUUGUACCAAUAGGUUCAUCUGCCACUGGCAGUCUUGCCAGCCCUACAGCCACCAGCACUUUGGGUAAGAGCAUUUUGAUUGCAUCCUCCACAAUACAUUGUAAAGCAGAUUUUUAA